AUGCGGGAUGCGCGCUGCGGCCGCGCUGCCCCCCUGCGCCUCCGCCGCCUCCUCCCGCCGCUGCUCAUCUCCCCCGCGGCUCCAUCCUGCCCCCGCCGCGGCCCGCCGCCUGGAGGGCAGGGAGCCGGGGCCGGCCGGAGGCUCGCGGGCCCCCUGGGCGAGGCCGCAAAGCACCCAUCGCACAACGGGCGCCAAAAGCUCGGGGAACGCCAGAAAGCAAAUUGUACAGCCUUCCGGAAGAGGAUAGGAGCUGCGAGCCACCGGCGACCGAGACAGCAGCAACACAGGAUUCCCAGGGGAGGCUCCAGCCCCCUUGGCAUUUCGGGGAACACGUUGCGCUUUAUGGCAAAGCUCCUGAGCAUGGCCACCUUCGUGAGGCUCCUGGUGGCCGAAGCCGAGAGGAGGGUCUCAUUGUUCUUCAAGGCGGAGGAGGCACAGGAAGUCCCCAGUUUUUUCUUGGACAAGCCCCAGACGGAGAAACAGCUGGAGGAAGGGGAAGUGGGCGGCUUGCGGUACGGCCUGGGCUCCAUGCAAGGCUGGCGGGCACACAUGGAAGAUGCCCACACCGCCCAGCCCCAGCUGCCCGGCGCCCUGGCCGGCUGGGCCUUCUUUGCCGUGUACGACGGCCACGCGGGCAGCACGGUGGCUCAGUUCUGCGCCAGGCACUUGCUCGAGCAUGUGCUGGAGGCCGAGGCCCUGUCCAGCCAGGAGGAGGACCCCGCAGCCAUCAAGGAGGCUGUGCGGGAGGCCUUCCUGGCUAUCGACAGGCGCAUGCAGGACCUGUCGCGGGCCGAGGCCUGGGAGCAUGCUGGCUCCACCGCCGUGGCUGUGUUGGUGUCGCCCCGGCACCUGUACUUCAUCAACCUGGGUGACUCGAGGGCCCUCCUCUGCCGGUCGGCCGCCGUCACGUUCUACACAGACGACCACAAGCCCACCAAGCCGAAGGAGCGGCGGCGCAUCGAGAAUGCCGGCGGCACGGUGGUGCUGCAGAGGGUCAACGGGUCGUUGGCCGUCUCCCGGGCCCUGGGCGACUUCGGCUACAAGGCUGUGUCUUGGCGUGGACCCACCGAGCAGCCGGUGUCCCCCGAGCCUGAGGUGUACCAGGUGGUGCGCUGCCCCGACGAAGACGAGUUCCUGGUGCUUGCCUGCGACGGGGUUUGGGACACCUUUGACAACGCGGGGCUGUGCGCCUUCGUGCGCUCGCGGCUCUGCCUCACUGGCAGCCCAAGGGACGUCUGCGAGCGCGUGCUGGACUCCUGCCUCUACAAGGGCAGCCGUGACAACAUGACCUGCAUCGUGGUCUGCUUCCCAGCUGCCCCGGGCGUCUCCCAGGAGGCCUUGCAGAAGGAGCAGGAGCUGGACGCUUCCCUGGAGAAGAGGGUGGCAGAGCUGUACGAUGAACUGCUGGAACAGGAAGGGGGUCCCAACGUCGUCUCCGUCUUCCAACGUCUGGCUACAGAGGUGAACCCUAACCUUCCCCCUGGGGGAGGCCUGGCUAGCAAGAGAGCUGUGAUCAUGGAGGCUUAUCAGCGGGUGAAGCAGAGUCGCGAGGAGCAAGAAGUGCCGGCCCCCAGUGCGAAUGCUGCCUCGGAUUGA